AUGGCCUUGUUUGCUUGUCAGAGCUUGGAGGGUCUACCAGCUGAGCUUCCCACUUUGACUUUGGUGUUCUGCUUGGUGCUGUCCUUGGUGCUGGUGCCGGGAACAGUGUUGACAGUAUCAUCUUUGCAAUGGAAUUUUCUGCUUCAUAGUGUUGGCAUCAUCACGCUGGCGGCUUGCAUUGUGAAAACUUUCCUUCUAAAGGUGAUGAAACCCAAUUUAGUGCUGAAGGAAAGCUUAGUCUUCACAGGUAUCGUAACAGGAAGGGCCGCCGCUAUCUAUCUUGGCAUGAUGUUGCUGGGGAUCUCCAGGCGGUCUAUAGUAUCAGACUGGCAUGGAUUAGACUACCCCAACCUCAUUGCCUUUCACCGGGUCGUGGGCUGGUGGGUACUGGCCAUGAGCAUUUUACACUCGCUGGCGUUUGGCUUCUACUACCUUCAGAAGGGUGGAUGGUUUGAGGUGUGGCAGGCUUGCUUGCCAGUGGCAGUCAGCUGUAGAGGGCCUGAGGAGCGAGAUUGCUGGAACAUCCUUGGGCUUGUCAAUGGCUUUGGGGUAGUUGCAACCGCAGUAAGCAUUUUGUUGGGAAUCUUCUCGCAGCAGUUGGUGCGUCGUGGUUUCUACAACCUCUUCUACUUCACUCAUUUGGUCUCAUCAUUUCUGUUCAUGCUCUUCUGCGCCUUGCAUGACUUCUCCAUGGUCAUUCUGAUGUUUCCUGGCCUUGUGCUCUAUGUGAGAGAUCGAUCCACUGGCUUGAGAUCCCGCGACGAGAGCACAGAGGUGACGGUCAGAAUCCUAUGCAGCGAGAUGUCACCGUUGGUGCUGUUGUCAUGGAAGCCAUCUGCCAGUGGAUCGCAUCUGUUGCCAGGCACGCGCUGGGUUUAUCUGCGGGAGAAGACCAUUUCCGGACUUCAGUGGCACCCAUAUUCGAUCAUUUUUCAUGGGGACCGGGCAUAUAUCUUGCUGAAGGGUGUGGGGGAUUGGUCGAGGUCACUGUGCAACUUGGCGACAUCUGGAGAUACAGUGAGACUGGGUAUCGAAGGUCCAUAUGGCAAGCCCAUCUGUAACAGUACAGGUACCUUGCAGGAAGAGCGUGCACUGCUGCUGCUGGCAGGUGGUGUUGGCAUUUCUCCCUUCAUUGACCUGAUUGCUGCUUUGCCGGAUCAGGGCCGCUGGCAGCGAGUAAAGCUGGUCUGGGCAGUGCGUGGUGAAGAGUAUCGUGGCCUUGUGAAUGCCAUUGAUUUUCAAUCUCUGAGCCAGAGAGCUCAAAUUUCGAUUUUCAUUACAUCGCCUUUGGCAGUGUCUGAAGCGGGCUUCCACUUGAACGAAGGAAGGAUAGGAUCGGCAAGGCAGUGUGAAAUACGUUCAGAAGAGGGCCACAGGCCAGAUGGGCGCUGGAACCUUGCCCUGAUCAUUGGAGGUGCAGUGGCUGCAGAUUUCCUUGCGCACAGCUGGGCUACCAGGGCUGUGUAUCUGGUACGCAGUUUUAUGGCAUGGGCAUUGCUGAUGCGAGUGGUGCCUAUUCUGCUGGUUGCAACAGCAGUUCUGCUGAUCAGCAUGGCCUUGAUGGUGAUCCCAAGGUGUGUCAGAUACCUUUGCAGUGUCAGAUACCUUUACCAGACCCAGCUUUUGGACCAGGGACAUUCGUUCCCGGACAGAGGGCGGGUGGAGGGAUUGGCCGGAAGAGAGAUUUCAGGAUUGGGACAAUCUCUCAGCGUCCAACAUGGAAAGUUAGAUUUGCAUUCUCUUGUUGAGGCAGAGGCACAGCUGGGCCCAGUAGAGUUAAAAGCUUGCGGUCCAGAGCGCAUGCUGUCUGCGGUCACAUCCACAGCACGAUUGCUUAACAGCCGUGGUCAUGAAAUUGCCUUGGAAAACUUGGAGGCAGAACUUUGA